CGGGCCGCGCGCCGCCUAGGUGUGCCGUCCCGUAGCUCAUGUAGUGAUAUCGGUGCCGUGUCGCUUUCGUGUCUCGUGUGAAAGAGAGAAAAGAAAAGGUAGAAAAAGCAGUGCGUGUUGGACCGGUAAAACAGAGAGAAAAAAUACAAAAGAAACAAGCAACAGAGAGCGAAUUGAUAGUGUUGUGUUCAUUACUGUGGAGGGACAUCGAAGCUGUUUGACAGCCGCCAUGGAAACGCGCAAGGAUGAGCAGGGCAAAUGUUCCGCCUCCUUGCCCUCGCUGCACAAGGCCCCGACAGAGCCUACUUCGGGAUUCGGCCGCGGGGCGCCCUCCCUCUCCGGCUGCGGCCUCGGGAGCCAAGUGUGGAGCAGCAGCAGUAGCAGCAGCAGCGUGUACACAUCCUCCUCGCAGCACACUCUCAGCGGCUCCUCGACGCUGCUGCCGACGGAGCCCAUCAGCAUCCUCGGCAAGGGCAAGCACAACUCGGGUGGCGCUGCCGUAUCGUCGGCCAGCCCAAGACACAGCGUCAAGUUCACGGAGCCCGAGGGCGGCGCGGGGAAGGACCGGUCCCCCGGCAGCCCGCGCUACAAGAGCCAGGAGAGUCCGCGGCUGAAGUACCACGAGAGCUUCAAGUUCAAGUUACACGAGGGGACGGCGACGGCUCAGAAGAUGGGCAUCGGGACCGUACCCGAGAACACGGCCGUGAGCGUGACCGAGACCUCGAGCUUCCGGUACUCGGAGUCGUCCUCGAAGCUGAUCGGCACGUCGUUCCGGUGCCCCGACAGCCCCCGCGGCCGCUCCAAGAGGAUCACGCGCACGCCCGACCGCAACUCCAUCAUCGCCUCCAUGGAGCUCAAGGUGCCCUCCUUCCACGACAUAGGCGGCUCCCCUUCGUCGGUCGGGAGCGUGGGAGCGGGCGGGAACCUCACCCCUUGCCUGGGGUUGCCCGAGAGCCGAGGCCUGACGAUCCUGUCGCCGCACAACCCGACGCCCGAGCUUCACUUCUCGUCCACGUUCACCGUCAGGACGCGCAAGGGAAAGACCAUCGUGCUGCCGAAGCUCCGCAUCCCGGCCUUCCACUCGCACUCACACGACAGCAUCUUCCUAGGCUUCGACGUCGAGAAUGGCACCUCCCCGGGUCGAAGUCCCCUCGACGGGACUUCGCCCUCGGCGGGGCUCGUCCUCCAGAACUUUCCGCAGCGGAGGGAAAGCUUCCUGUACCGCAGCGACUCCGACUUCGAGAUGUCGCCCAAGAGCAUGUCGAGGAAUUCUUCGAUCGCCUCGGAAGGGUCACGAGUUAUGUUGGCCACCCUGAGCGAGUCUCGUGGGGCCAAUGACGACAGGCCGAUAUGAGACGUAUACGAAAGUGGCACUGGAGACUCUGGAGGAGCUGGACUGGUGUCUGGACCAGCUGGAAACAAUACAGACGCAUCGCUCCGUCUCCGACAUGGCGUCCUCCAAGUUCAAGCGGAUGCUUAACAAAGAACUCAGUCAUUUCUCGGAAUCAAGCAAAUCUGGAAAUCAAAUUUCGGAAUACAUCUGCACAACUUUCCUCGACCAACAACAGGAGCUCGACAUCCCGAGCCUGAGGGUGGACGACGGCGAGCAGCGACCCAAGAAGAAGGAGCGCAACCUGUCGAGCGGUCCUUCGUCGGCAGUCGUCCCAGAGGCUUCAGUGGUAGCCGCCUUGCCUUCCACCACGACCACAACCACCUCGGAUGGCGGUAGCGUCGUUGCCACCACUGGUAUCAAGGAUGUGUCGAUGUCACAGAUACAGGGCGUCAAGAAGCCGCUCCUACAUGCCAACUCCUUCUCGGGCGAGAGGCUGCCCAAGUACGGCGUCGACACCCGCCAGGAGGAGGAACUGGGCAAGAUUCUAGAAGAUAUAGACAAAUGGGGCAUUGAUAUCUACAGGAUAGCCGAAUUAUCAAAUAGAAAACCUUUAACUACCAUCACAUAUACUAUUUUCAUGGAACGUGAUUUGCUAAAGACAUUCAAAAUUCCGCCCAAGACUUUCAUAACAUUUAUGAUGACCCUUGAAGACCACUAUUUGAAGGACGUUCCAUACCACAAUUCUUUGCAUGCAGCUGAUGUCACUCAGUCCACCCACGUUCUUCUCAACUCACCUGCCCUUGAGUCUGUCUUCACAAGCCUAGAGAUCCUGGCUGCAAUCUUUGCAGCCGCCAUCCACGAUGUGGACCACCCAGGCCUCACAAACCAGUACCUGAUCAACUCCUCCUCGGAGCUCGCCCUCAUGUAUAACGAUGAAUCUGUGCUUGAGAACCAUCAUUUGGCUGUGGCCUUCAAAUUGCUGCAGAAUGAGGAUUGUGAUAUCUUUGCCAACCUCGGCAAAAAGCAGAGACAGACUCUCCGCAAGAUGGUGAUAGACAUGGUUCUUGCCACAGACAUGAGCAAGCACAUGAGCCUCCUGGCUGAUCUCAAAACAAUGGUUGAAACCAAGAAGGUUGCAGGUUCAGGUGUUCUCCUUUUGGAUAAUUAUACAGAUAGGAUACAGGUGCUUCAAAAUAUGGUGCACUGUGCAGACCUCAGUAAUCCCACAAAGCCCUUGGAACUCUACCGACAUUGGGUUUCCUCAAUCAUGGAGGAGUUCUUCCAACAAGGCGACCGUGAAAGGGAACAGGGUAUGGAUAUAUCUCCCAUGUGUGAUAGACAUUCAGCCACCAUUGAGAAGUCUCAGGUUGGCUUCAUUGACUACAUUGUGCACCCACUAUGGGAAACCUGGGCUGACUUGGUCCACCCAGAUGCACAGGACAUCCUUGACACGCUGGAGGAGAAUCGUGACUGGUACCAGCGCAUGAUCCCAAUCUCGCCAUCCUCUUCAUCAAAUGACCUCAAGGAAGAGGAGGGCCAGGGGGAUGACUCAGAUGAUGGCCCUGAGGAGGAAUUGUGUGCUGCAGCUGAGAGAAUCCAGAUCCAGUUUACGCUUGAUGAUGAAGGCAGUGGAAAAAGAGCGCCACCGGAAGACGCUCAGGGGGAGGACCCCACAAUGUGACCACUGGUGGCCUCUUACUGUACCAAACUUAAGCGCAAAGUGAUGAGGUGGCUGCACCUCAAGUGACCAACCCCAUGGGAGGCGGGAACCGUGUUAAGUAUCGUCCCCCUCCAUGUUAGUGGCCUCGUCUUCAACUUUUACCUUUGUACCUCAUCUUUUGAGAUUUCUUUCAUAGCCAGUUGGACACUCUGACUAUCUGGCAUGCUCCCAGAGCCAGAGCCCCAAUCUUGUGAAGAGUAUGUUGUGCAAACACUUGGGUGUUUCUUGUGGAUAACGCCCGGUGAGCCGAAUGUACGUUUUGCCAUGUGUCCAUAGCGUGCCCUGCAGGUUCAGGGUUGAUCGCAUGGGUUUGUCUGAGCUCCUCAAGACUGUGCCGUUCGCCCAGCCUCCUCAGCUGACCCAUCCUUGCCUAGUGAGAUCAUUAUUUUCUUGUAGCAGUUGUAGAGUUGUAGGUGGUCACAACAGUGAACAGUGCCAAAUUGUUCCUUUUGAAUAUGGACCCUAAGGAAGUGACAUGUUUAUCACAAAUUAGUGAGCACAAGUUUGGGACGUUUUAUGUUAAGUGAGGACUGUGGCUUGUGUGUGGUACAUAUCAGAUAGAGGGAUGGAGAAUGGGCACAUAAUGUCUCCAUGGUGCUUAUGUCAUGAUUUUGAGAGUGUAAGGCAUUACUAGCUCUUUCAUUAUAACAGAUGCCUGAUAGGGUUCCUUGCUCUUUUUAUCUUUCACAGCAGAUCAGCUAUCAAAGAAGCCAAAGAUAAUUUAUUGCUUCAGGUUUGUGGUGGUGCUCUGUGUGGCCACCAAAGAAGGCAUUGUUGCUGCCAUGUGGUACAAAGCCCAAGUGUUGACAUGGUGGCAAGGGCAGUGGAUCCUUUCAGGCAAAGAGAAUUUUAUGUGACAAAGUCAGCUAUUACAGACAGUGAGGGAGGCUCGGAAGAAGCGUCGACGUGAUCACUUCGCUUCUUCUUCCUCAGCCGUUACAGGAUCACUUUGUAGUCACUGACUGUGCCAAUUUUCAUGCAGGGCUCAUGACUAGUGUUUAUUUUGCAGUGUUUACAUUUCAGGUUUUACUCUUUUUAGAUGGCUUAUUUUGACACUGUCAUAGAUGUUGGGCAAACUUGAAAAAAUAAAAAAAUAUGGGUUUAAACAAAAAACAAAAAAAACAUUUUGAAAUAGGUAGAAAUGUAGAAUUUUCUCAUGUGAUAACAGCAGAGUAUUGAGAGCAUAGUAUGCAUCAUGUUGUACUCCAUCAGCUGCUUCAUGUCAGGUUUAUGGCUAACAUCAUUACUCAUGGUUUGAGAGAGCCCCCCCCCCCCAGCACCAUAAGCAAAUACCCACCAAGCUUUUUUCCUCCCCGGCUACCAGCAUAAAAUUCAUUCACAAUAAAAGGUAAAUAAAUAUAACAGGAUGAGGGGAGGAUGGACUGUCUUCAUUUUGGAUCAGUCCAUCACAAACUCAAACCAUGGAUUCUGAUUAUGCCUCUAGCAUAUGUGUUGCCUAGUCCUGGCUUAAUCAAGUGGUAUAUUGAGCCUCUGUCCUCCAUAGAGAACAGUGCGGAGGAAAAAAUAAUAAACGAGAGUAGACGGAGGAGGAGGAGAAAGAGGAUAUGGAGGAACGUUUAGUUUUGCAGAUGUUCCUCUUGCCAGACCUGAGGAAAAGACUCUAGGUUUAAAGAAUGCACAGGAAUGUGAAAAUUUUAGGUUUAAGAAUAAUUUUGGAUUUUCAGAGUAGAAAGGAUUCUUUGUUAACUUUACUGUAGUUAAAUUUACUGUCUCUAUACAGAAUAUUCCUUUUCUUCUUGAGAAUAUUUAUUGUUGUAAUAUAUAUUAUGUGUGCAUUAUUUAAUUAAAAGUAUUUAUAUCAAAUGAAGAGAUACAUAUAUGUAAACAUUACCCUGUGUAUAAGAUAGAUGGGUAUAUACUAUCAUCAUUAUUUUCCAUAUAUAUGUAUGUAUACAGUAUAUACUGUUCUACUAACAUUGGUUUAUGCCUCAGGUCUAGGUGAAUAUCAUUCAUAAUUGCAGAACAUCUGUCUGGACUAUGUCGAUACUCUUUGUAUUGUACUUCCUUGUAUGUGAAUAAUCCUCAGAAAUCCUGUAUGAAUAUAUCUUAUUUUUAUUAUGAAAGAAAAAAAAAUCAUGAAUCUAUGUUUCUAUUUCUUCAUCUUGUCUUUCGCUCAAGCUAUGUUACUCAGUCCUUUGUGACAAAGCCCAAGUUAUAUAGAAUGACAUGCACAAACAUGAGGAAAACAAACAAAAUGACACACACACACACACACACACACACACACACACACACACACACACACACACACACACACACACACACACACACACACACACACACACACACAGAAAAUAUAAAAUUUACAGUCAUAAAAUGGAUAAGUUACAAGCUGGUAGGAAUGUGUUUGCUAGAUGUGAGAGGUUCAAAUUUUUCCUUUUAAAUUCUAACAAAGAAUAGAUACAUUAAUUUCAAUAAUCCCCCACCCUUAUCAAGACGAAAACCUUUCAAUACAUAAUGGGAGUAAUAUAUGUAACGUUCCCCCCAACCCCCGUUCUUAUAACAUCAUUGCAACGGCAUUUCCUGCUGGCUAAGGCUUUACCCAACAUAAUGCAAGACUCCCUUACGCAUACUCAAGUGAAAAAAAGUGAUAUAGACAUCAUUAUGUACUGACACAGAUGGUAGUAAUUUCUUCAUUUCUGCAUUCAAUAUUUUUCUAUAUAAAACAUAAAAAUAUAUAUAUAAAUAAAAGGAUAUAAUAUUUCUUCAUCCUGAUGUUUGAUGUUGAGAAAAAAAAAAAAAUAUUUGACAGUGCCAUAAUUAUGUACUCUUAUUCCUGGUUCUAUCUUUUCAUCAUAAUGAUAAAACCUUCUCUAUUCAAAGUUGAAAAAGCCUUUUGUAAUGAAUGAUGUGCCAUCACAGCACCAAAUCAUUUAUUGUUGCAGAGAAAUCUUUGAUAACGAUACCAACAUAAUUGUCAAUGUGUAUUUAGAUAUCUGAGUUAAGUAAAGUUUUAUCUGUUAGAUCAAUAGGUUCCUCUGAACCAGUCUGGGAAAAUAAUUUUAAAAAAUCAUGAAGCAAGUUGCAAAAGUGGAAUGAAAUUUAUUUUUAGUGUUUUCCAAAAUAUUCAUGUCACUUAUGUUGAUGUUAAUAUAACUGAUUGAAUCUU